GUUUGAGUUUACAAGGUGACGCGCAGUUCCCUGAAUUUUUGGGGUUUGGUCUCUCGCUACUUCGCAGAUUUUGUCAGUUUAGAAAGCCAGACGCUGGGCACAUUUAAAAAAUCCGUGCUAUCAAAAAGGUGUACUUAACUGUGAAUUACUAGUAACUUUAGUUUAGUCAUUUUGCUGCUAUUUAAACUUAAUUUCGCUAGGUCUACCUUAGGUCUAACAGAAAGUUUCCAGCUCGCUUUUUAAUCAAAAUAUUUGUGCUAUUAUUGUUGUUCUUGGGAAAAUAAAGGAAAGAAAAAAGAGGGAGUGAGCGAAAGUAAUUUCCCCCUCGUAAUUACCAGAUCGGAGAUCUGGGGAAAAAAUGUAGGGCAAAAAAGCGGAAUUAUGUCAAAUUAAUCUUUUUGACAUGUAACUGAGUUUCAGUAGUUCUAAGUACGAUUACCUGGCUGUUUACAAGAUGAAACCUUGGGGACUUGGAAACGUUGUGGGUCCACUGUUCGUCUCAGUAGGCUUGUGGAUAUUUCAGUGCGUAGCCCGUGCGGAACCCACGCCAAUAAGAGAAGAACUGUUCAAUACCAUUGAGCAGGUGGAACUUAAAUGGUCAUCUUCACCUCUUAAGUCAUGGGAUGAGGUUAAAUUACAAUUUGGACAUCAGACUAGUUAUUCAGUCUAUCAAGCCUGCAACUCGGCAUACAAAACCACGCAGAAAAUACUCUGGACCACGUGGAUCCCCAGAAGAGAUGCACGGCACCUAUUUAUCGACCUGUUGUUUGCUCAGGAGGUUGAAAGUCCCUCCUCACUGAGUCCGUUGAAUGUCCACCUUGUCCAAUCAGACACCCCCGUGCCAAAUUUCAAGAGCAGAGAAUAUUCAACACAAAUUCUCGAACUCCGGGUUGCCCUGCCCUUCCAAGACGAUGAAACAAUAAAAGACAUACAGCAGAAGAUCAGUCAGAGGCAGGGCCUGAACCUUGGUCGAGUAUCCCGGGUUGGCUUUCACCUGGGCUUUUCCUACUCUGGUCCCUGCCUCUUCCUUGGCUCAGUUCAGGUGUACUUUAUGAAGUGUCCUGGUUUUGUUGAAGCCCGUGUGAACUUUGCAGCAGUGGUUGGAGAAUCGGGGCUGGUGACAGGGGCCUGUAUCCAGGGUUCUGUGGAGAUAUCACCCCCCCAGAGGCACUGCCAAGCUGACGGGCAGUGGGGGGCCCUCCAGGGACACUGUAUCUGUGCAGUGGGCCGCCAGCAAUCAGGAGAGUCCUGUGAAGCAUGUACAGCUGGACGCUAUAAGCCAGAGAAUGGGAGUGCAGAAUGCCUCCCUUGCCCGCCCAACAGCAUAGCGGUGCGAGCAGCAGCGGAGGAGUGCAGCUGCCUGGACGGCUACUUCCGUGUGGCCAGUGACCCCGCUGACGUGGGCUGCACGAAACCCCCCUCAGCCCCCACCAACCUGAGAGUCUGUCACCUGAAUGGCACCACCCUUGAGCUUUGCUGGGGACCACCAGCAGACCAGGGUGGCCGAGUGGAGGUUUGGUACAGCGUAGAGUGCUGGGAGAGGGAAGGGCAGUCGCAGGGCCAUUGGGAGGCCUGCGGGGGCGCUGUGCGUUUGCCCCCACAUUCCCAGCGGCUCCGUGACACAGCCGUCAACAUCACAGGCGUGCAGCUGCACCAUGACUACCGGCUGACUGUCCAGGCAAUGAAUGCUGUCAGUGUGAAGUCACAGCUACAAGGUGCCACCAAGUCCAUAACAAUUGACAGAUGGAAAGCAGACGUCACACACACUCCAGGUCCUCAGCCGCUGGAAGAUCAGUCUCUCCCCCCGUGGCUCCUAUGGGCUGUGAUCCCCACAUCCCUGAUGCUGACAGCCCUCAUUUCUUCAGCUGCUUGCCUCAUACGUCACCGCUACAAGCUGCACAGAGAUCAGGAUCAGGUGCUGAAACUGAUGCCCAUCCAUACAGGAACAACGUACCGCCGGGAAGAACAAAAUCACCAAGGACCUCAUCAAUCCAACAUCCAGCUGCAGGAUGAGCAAACUGAGCAAAUUCUGAGGGGUCUCAGGGAGGUGCUGGUGGAGCGUAGCACCCUGGUGCUGGGCAAGGAGCUGGGUACUGGAGAAUUUGGGUCAGUAUAUGAAGGUUUGUUCUACCCAGAGCAGGGACCUGAGAUAAAAGUUGCAGUAAAGACAACGAAAGCUGGUAUUUAUAGCAAGGAAGAUCUAGAGUCAUUCUUGAAGGAAGCUGAGCUGAUGAAGAACUUCAAGCACACUAACGUGGUCAGGCUACUGGGGGUUGCUCUGGAGCAACAGGAUGAUUCCCCAGUUCCCAUGCCUAUGGUUAUUCUCCCCUUUAUGAAACAUGGAGACCUGCGACGCUUCCUCAUCGCCACACGCUAUGGAGACAUUCCCAUGUUUGUGCCCUACCAGAGUCUCCUGCGCUUCAUGAUUGACAUUGCUGCUGGGAUGGAGUACCUUAGUUAUUAUGGCUUCCUGCACAGGGACCUGGCUGCACGCAAUUGCAUGCUGGGGGAUGACUUAAGAGUGUGUGUGGCUGACUUUGGCCUGUCCAAGAAGAUCUGUAGCAGCACUUAUUAUAGGCAGAAAGAGGCCAUACGUAUGCCAAUCAAGUGGAUGGCCAUAGAGAGCAUCGCAGACAACAUAUUCACUACCAAGAGUGAUGUGUGGUCCUUUGGGGUCACCAUGUGGGAGAUUGUGACUAGAGGGAAGAUGCCUUAUGCUGCAGUCCACAACCAUGAGCUCCUGGAUCUGCUUGAAUCUGGACGACGGCUAAAACCUCCUGACUGCGACCCCAAGCUGUAUAAUGUAAUGCUGAGCUGCUGGAGGCGGGACACCACACAGAGACCAUGCUUCACUCAGCUGGGGGAGGAACUCCGAGUGAUGCUGUCAGAGCUGUCCCCCCUGGAGGCCAGCGAAGAGGCACAUUAUAUCAAUAUGGGCCUGCAGGUUGCAGAACAGGGUCACGCUGAUGAAAAGAACCCAGAAUGUGAGGAGGAGCUGGCCACUGGCAACGUGUACCUGCCUGCACCGGGAGCUUGUGGCCCCUCUGUGGAGGAUGAGGAAGGAUAUCUAAUGUACAUGCCGGAGAAGAACUGACUGCAUAGACCUGGAACAGGCAAACAACACAGAAAUCAAAUUCGUACAAUAGGAAUAAUAGUAAUGUCUCAUAAUAAAUUGCUGUACUGAGAGAUUUUAAAACUGAUUUGAGGAUGGAUAUAAUUUAACUUUAAACAGAAGCCAAAUGUAUUA